AUGUCACAACAGCAACAACAACAACAGCAACAGCAGCAGUCCUACACGAUUUGGUCGCCGCAUGAUACGGUCAAAGAUGUUGCAGACAGCCUCGGGAUUGCAAAUAUUAAUGAGGAUGUGUUGAGAUCGUUGGCUAUGGAUGUGGAGUAUCGGAUUUUGGAGAUUGUAGAACAGGCAGUGAAGUUUAAAAGACACAGUAAGAGAUCCACACUAACCACGAGCGAUGUAGCCAAAGCGUUGAGAGUGCUCAAUGUGGAACCAUUGUAUGGAUUUGAGGAAGGUUCUAGUAGAGAUGAAGCCAUUAAGUUUAAUAAGCUGGACAAUGUGAAUGGACAGACAUUGUACUAUUUGGACGAUGAAGAAGUUGAUUUCGAGAAGUUAAUCAAUACGCCAUUGCCAGAAGUGCCUAGGCUUCCAACAUUUACUGCUCACUGGCUUGCAGUGGAAGGAAUCCAGCCUGCUAUCCCACAAAAUCCAAAUAUAAACGAGCUAAGGUUAAGUCAGGUACCGCUACAACGGGGUGCUAUCGUUUCUCCGUUGAACGAAAAUUCUGUGCAAACUUCGUUACAAACCACUGACGACGAAGAAAGACAGAACACUGCCAACAGGACCGUUGCUACCCAGGUUAAACCUGGUGCAGCUAAUGAGGCAAAACCAUUGGUUAAGCAUGUCUUAUCAAAAGAACUUCAAAUCUACUUUGAGAAAAUUGUUAGUGCUCUAACGAAUAAAGAUGACGAUACUAAUGCCCAACGUAUGAAGGCCGCUGCUUUAACAUCGUUGAAAUCCGAUACAGGAUUGCAUCAACUAGUGCCGUACUUCAUUCAAUUUAUUGCUGAACAAAUCACUCACCACUUGGAGGAUUUGGAAUUGCUCACAACCAUGUUGGAAAUGAUCUACUCAUUAUUGAGUAAUCAAUCUGUCUUUUUGGAUCCUUACAUCCACUCCUUGAUGCCUUCUAUUCUAACACUUUUGCUAGCGAAAAGACUUGGCGGUAACGGGUCUAAGAGUGCUACUGAGGAUAAAAAAUCAGAUGAACAAAAUAAGAAAGAUUUCCUAGAGAAAACAAAUGCUGUGCGUGAUUUCGCCAGCUCUUUGCUACUUCACGUUUUAAAGAAAUUCCCAAAGGUACACAAAUCAUUAAAGCCUAGAGUCACUAGAACUCUCUUAAAGACAUUUUUGGACAUAAACAGAUCGUUCGGAACCUACUAUGGUUGUAUAAGAGGUGUUUCAGUCCUAGGAAACGAAACCAUCAGGUUCUUCCUUGGAAAUUUACAAAACUGGUCAAAGCUUGUAUUUGAAGAAUACGAUUCGAGUCCAUCCGAAAGCGUUAAGAAGGGUAAAAACUUGACUGAGCUCGAAAUCAAACUUCUGGCAAAUCUAAUAGUAACAACGCUAGAAAACUUGAAAUCAGACCUCCCAUCUUCAUACGAUUCUAAAGACGAAAUAACUGAAGAAGAAAAGACAAGGUUGAAAGAGAGGUGUGGUAUUACCGUAUCAAACAUUAUAUUGGAAAAAGAAGAUGCCAGGAAGUUAUAUGAUGCUAUUUUCUUUGGUGAGCUAUGA